AUGAAGUCACCAAACAAAUUUGCUGUUUUGCUGUUCGACAGCUUCCAGGCCCUUGAUGUCUUUGGACCACUAGACGUCUUGAACAUGCUGGCAAUGAAUAACACCCUGGAGCUCUCAAUCAUUUCGACGAGUCUAGAUCCAGUCACAGCCUGCACUGGACCGAGCAUUGGGCAGAAUAUUCUUCCAACACAUGAUCUACACAACUCACCAGAGGAUAUUGAAGUCCUCCUUGUACCGGGGGGGAGAGGUACUCGCGACACGGGUUUGACACAACCACAUGUGGACUUUAUCAAAUCCAGGUAUCCGAAAUUGCAAUAUCUUCUUACAGUCUGCACAGGCGCCGCUCUAGCGGCUCGCGCUGGUGUUCUUGAUGGCAAGAAAGCAACUUCGAAUAAAGCAGCAUUUGAAUGGGUUAAAACACAAGGCGAAAAGGUUGACUGGGUCCCGGGCGCCCGGUGGGUAAAGGAUGGUACUACGUGGACCUCCUCUGGCAUAUCAGCGGGCAUCGACAUGAUGUAUGCUUUCAUUGCGGACCAGUACGGUGAAAAUGCCGCUGAAGAGAUUGCCAGGCGUUCGGAAUACGUGCGAAAUACGGACCCAUCAAAUGACCCUUUCUCAAAGUCUAUGGCGGCAUGA